GAAACAAAAACAGGCCAGAAGCUCCUGUUGAUGACAUUUGAGGUGCUGAAGAUGUUCCCUGUGAUUUCCAGCCAUCGGCUCUGGAGUAGACUUCAGAGGAGCCUCCGCCUAAACCAUCUGGUGCCAACAGGGCAGCACUUUCAGCACUUGCACGUGAGAGUUGGAGAUCGCGCUGAGCUCAGCAGAGCCUUCACACAACAAGAUGUUGCUACCUUCUCAGAAAUAACGGGAGAUGUCAAUCCUUUGCAUUUAAGUGAAGAGUUUGCAAAACAUACCAAAUUUGGAAAGACAAUUGUUCAUGGAGUUUUGAUCAGCGGACUUAUUUCGGCCCUCCUAGGUACUAAAAUGCCAGGGCCAGGCUGUGUAUUUCUUUCCCAGGAAAUUAAAUUUCCAGCCCCUUUAUAUAUUGGAGAAGUGGUUUUAGCAUCUGCAGAAGUGAAGAAGCUGAAGCGGUUUGUUGCUGUUAUUGCAGUGUCCUGUUCUGUGACAGAAAGUAGAAAGACAGUUAUGAAGGGCUGGGUUAAAGUUAUGGUCCCAGAAUCUCCAAUAUCCUGAGAUGCAAGUUGCAAGUUCAAACACCAGUGCUCUUGUUAUCAAAGAGCAUCUGGGAAAACUGGGCUGUUGCUCUUCAUGAAGGAAUGGCUGGUAGGCCCAGAAGCCAUGUGAGAAGAGGCACAAGCAAAGGAGGUUGUAUUCCAGUGUCCUCUUUCCAGUUUGGCUUCAUGCCUUACCCAGACCAGUACAUGCAGGAGUUCAUCAUCUGUGUAGGUUUUUUCAAUUAAAAAAAAAUUUUUUUUCAAAACAUAUAUGUAUAUUUUAAUUUCAGAAUUUCAAACCUAGCUAGGUGUGUAUUUGGUAACACCUACCUGUGUCUGUGUCAAGUAAGUUUCUUAUUGCAUGUAUACUCCCAAGUGUUUGAUUACUAAAGGCAAUGGCAGAAGGUGGGUCAUCUUUGAACACCUACUCUUUACUAGUACAUAUCUUAGACCCUUUUCUCAACUGUUUCUGGGCUAGUGUUUUAACUCCUUACUAUUUACAUCAAGAUGUCAGCUUGCUCAGUUUCUGUGGACUUGCCUUUCAGGUGGUUUUUGCUGUUAUCUGAGAAGGGUUUAUGCAGAGCCUUGACUCGCUUGUGUAGACGCUGCCUCAUAGAAGAUGGUGAUAGCAUACUGUGCAGCGUUGUUGGAAAGAAUAGAAACAGAGUUAAUCACAAGGCCUGACCUGUAAAUAAUCACCACUAUCUGGCCCUCUAACCCCCAAAUAAGUGAGGGUAGGUAGGGGUUUUCCUGAGUUUAAAGCUGGCAAAUCUACAGUUGAAUAGGUCAAUAGACCAGUCUUUCAGGAUGUCAGUUAAUCUGUUAUAUCUUAAAUUUAGGAUGGACUCCAGAAUGCAGAGGCCCGAUUUUAAGGAUUCAUAUUCUUUUCUCCUUCCCUUGAGAAUGUGGGUCUACCUAACAUAAGAAUGUGUUUUGGGGCUGGAGAGAUGGCUCAGCAGUUAAGAGCACUGACUGCUCUUGCAGAGGACCCAGGUUCGAUUCCCAGCACCCACAUGGUGGCUACAAACCAUCCUUAACUCCAGUUCCAGGGGAAUCCGAAGUCCUCU